AAACAGAAUUUACGAAAAUCGAUAAAAAAUAUUGCAUGGAAAAAACUGCAAUCUUAAGCUCAAUGAAGAGAAAACAAAGGAGAUACAGAACUACUUUUAAUAACCUGCAGUUGCAAGAGCUGGAGCGUGCGUUUCAACGUACACAUUACCCUGAUGUCUUUUUUCGUGAAGAAUUGGCGGUACGAAUUGAUUUAACUGAAGCUCGUGUACAAGUCUGGUUUCAAAACAGACGUGCGAAAUGGCGUAAACAAGAAAAAGUGUGUGUAAAAGAUUUGGAUGAUAUCAAUGCGCAGGCGUAUGAUGAGAAUGUACAAAUGGGUCAGCUAGACAAUCCAUUAGGUAAUACUUUGCUGCCCGACACACCACCACAAUCUGCCAAUUCAUUGGAUAAUGAGCCAAAACCACCUUUUGGUACUGGCGUUAUAACACCGACACGUAUGUCACCUAAUAUUUUCCUCAACCUUAACAUCGAUCAUAUGGGCUUAGAACGUGGUGGUGGUCUAUCAAUGGAAUGGUCAACAUAUCCACCGGUCGGUACGCUGUCAGCAUCCAUAUCAAUGCCAAAUGUAUCACAAUCACCGCCACCAUCUGUACUAGCUUCUAUAUCUCACAACAAUGAUCAUAUACACAAUCAACAUGCACAUAACCAACAAUCACAUCAUAAUCUCGUCAAUACAAGUUUACAUCCGUCACUAGACUUGGAUACAACUACGAACUCCACAUAUGAUGAAAUGAAAUUUUUGAAUGUCGAUCAAUUUACAAUUGAUAACUUCAAAGCGGAGUGUAUAUUAAAUUUAGAUCAUGCUUUAAUUUUGGAUGACAAGCCUAGCCAUAUGCAACAACAACACAUGACCUCAUUUGAUACUGGUCAACAACACCAGCAUCCGCAUGAUAGCUUACAACAAACUUUAUUAUCUCACAAUGAUAACACACAUUUGCAACAAGACGACCAUCAUCACCAUACAUCACAAUUGCUUCAGGAAUCACUGCAACAUCAUACGCACUCACUCAGCCUUGAUAUGCCAUCAUUUGGACUAUCGUCGUUAGACUCAUCGAAGUCUCCACCGUUAUUGGUGCUUGAUAAAUCGUUAUCACUGAAUAUCAGUGUCGAUGGCAUUGGUGAUCUUGUAGAUGAUAAAUUUUAAUAGCUCGCUGCUGGCAUAGUGAGAGCCCUAACGUUAAGAACACUAAUCUGUAGACAAAUGAGUUUAAUUUUAAGAUACAAACACAAACCAUAAUUUUAUCGUUUAGCUUAAGUUUUUAGUUAUUUAUUAUUUAAUAAUUUUAUAAGUUAAAUUUAGUUAAUCAAAAAGAUCUGUAGAGCGUAUCAUUAUAUUGUUCUUUAGCGAUCUUCAUUAACGCACGAGAAAAAGGGGCUAAUUUCUUUUUUUUUUAAAUAAUUCUUUAGAUGUUUUUAAAAAUUUCAUAGAUAAGUUUGAAAGGAAUAAAUUAGUGCAAAUAAUCAAAAUAAAAUCAAAAGAAUGAUAAUGUCAUUCAAAUUGCCUAUUUGACUUUCUCAAAUUCAAAUGGAGUAAAUUUAUUCAAUAGCCAAAAUACAGAACGGUUGUGUAGGAUAAUUCGUUCAUAAGAG